AUGGGUGAGGAAGGAAUGGGUAGUCGUGAGGAGAGAGAGGUUGAGAAUGGAGACGGAAAUAGGGAUGAGGAGGUGGAGAGGGUAGAGGAGAUACGUUUGGAGUGUGAGGAUGGUGGAGAUGGAAAUGGGGAGGGAGAAAUUUAUGAUAAGGAUGGGGAAACACAAUACAAAGUGACAAAAACGAGAAAGAAGCACAAAUAUUCAAGGACAAACUCAGAUGAAAACUCAAACGAAGACGCACAGCUAUCAGCCGCACAACUAGCCAUCCAAUCCGAAAUCGAACAAUCCGAGGACUCUCCCGAUGAAAACGACGAUUUGGCAGCAACAGCACAAUUAUUAUCAGCGCUUCAUCAAGAACUUGGAGAUACUGAUAUGAGUAUCCAAAACGGAGAUGUAGGAAAUGCAGAUGAGGAUGGGGAAGAGGAUAAAGAGUACAAAGAGUAUAAAGAACAUAUACAGACGAUUAUGGAGAAUUUGGGAAAGCUGAGGGAUGAAAGGAAUACGCACAUGAAGCAGUUCGUUGAUGAUGGAUAUUGA